AUGUCUGAGGAAAUACCAACUCCCCAAUUGAUCGAUGACUUGGACGCUCCACAUGAUUCAUCUAGGGUAGUAAAAGAUUUACUAGCGGGGACGGCUGGAGGAAUUGCACAAGUUCUGGUUGGGCAGCCAUUUGAUACUACAAAGGUUCGUUUACAGACUUCUUCAACACCCACUACAGUAGCCGAAGUGGUGGGAAAGCUGAUAAAAAAUGAAGGUCCGGCUGGCUUUUACAAGGGAACGCUGACUCCGCUGGUUGGAGUUGGGGCUUGCGUCUCUAUUCAAUUUGGGGUCAAUGAAGCAAUGAAGAGAUAUUUUCACUCAAAGAACAGCAAUGACACCACUCCGCUGACACUUUCUCAAUACUAUACUUGUGGUUUUGUAGGAGGAAUUUCCAACGCAUUUUUGGCAUCGCCUAUUGAACAUGUUAGAAUUCGUCUGCAAACUCAAACCGGGUCGGGCUCUUCUGCUGAAUACACUGGCCCCUUAGACUGUAUCAGAAAGUUGAGAGCAGGAGGGGGACUUAUGCGAGGCUUGAUGCCCACCAUGCUGAGAGAAUCCAAUGGAUGUGGAGUGUACUUUCUGACCUACGAAGCCUUGAUAGCUAAUCAAAACUACCAUGGAGUAGCGAGAGGGGAUAUUCCUACGUGGAAGCUGUGUCUUUACGGAGCUUUGUCUGGGACAGCGCUGUGGAUCAUGAUUUAUCCGAUUGACGUUGUCAAGUCCGUGAUGCAAACUGAUAGCCUGAAAUCCCCCGCCAACGGCAAAAACAUGUUCGAAGCCGCUAAGUCAAUAUAUCUUAAACAUGGAAUUUCUGCAUUCUUUAAGGGAUUUGCCCCUACCAUGCUUAGAGCGGCUCCGGCAAACGGAGCCACUUUUGCAACCUUCGAGUUGGCGAUGCGUCUGUUGGGUUGA